UAAUAAAAAAAAAGAGGAAUAUAUUGUUAAAAAAAAAUUUUUUAUAAUUAAGGGGAAAAUAUUUUAUUUAAAGAAAAUUAUACGUGAAGAAUACGGAAAUAAAUAAUUAUAGAAAAAAUUAUUAGUGAAUUAUACGUCAAGGAACACGCAAGAAAAAAAGAAAGAGUUUAUUUUGUGAAUUAAAAAGAAUAUUAAUUGAGAAUUUUAUUGAAGGCAGUUAAGACCUUAUUUAUUGAAUUAUUGGGAAGGCAAGUAAUAAGUCCUUAUAUAUAUAUUGAAUUAUUUAGGCUGAAAAAGUGCCAUAUUUUAAAAAAUUGAUGAAAGGAAUUAUUUUGGGGCGGAUUUGAGCCAUAUAUAUUGUGAAUUAAAUAAUUGUGAAUUUUAUUGGGCCGAGUAGAGCCGUAUAUUGAAAAAUAAUUGCGAAUUUUAUUGGGCCGAGUAGAGCCGUAUAUUGAAAAAUAAUUGUGAAUUUUAUUGGGCCAAAAAGAGCCGUAUUUUGUGGAAAAAUAAUUGUGAAUUUAUUUAGGCCGGGAAGAGCCGUAUUUAGCGAUUUUAAUAAUCGGAGAUUUUAUUAGGCAGAAAUAAGCCGUGUUAUAAUUAAAAGAUAAUUGUGAAUUUUAUAGGCGAGAAAGUCCUAUCGUGUGAAAAAAAAUUACUUGACGUAUAUUGUGAAUUUUAGAGAGGAUAAAAAAAAAAUCCUAGGAAAAAAUAAUAUAAAAAAAUUAUAUAGAUAGAAAUAAUUGGGGGAAUAAUAAAAAUAUUACGAGGAUUUUAUAAUAAAAUAAUAUUGAUAAAUAUUUUAAAGAGAUUAAUGUUUGAUUAAUAAUUGAAAAAAAAUAUAAUAAUAAAAAAAAAAUUUAUUUUAAGAAAAUAAAGCGUAUUUAAUUUAAGUUAUAAUAAAUGAAUACACAAAUAAACGUAUGAAUAAGGAAAAAGAAGAAAAUAGUUAUAGUGAAAACGAUAGUAAUAGUUCGGAAGAGGAAACAGAUAUAACAAAAGAAAUCGGAACUCAGGUAGAGUUAAAUAAAAAUAUUGAAGUAAAUAAAUUAGUAAACAUAAGUAUAAAUACGAAAGAGGGUAGCGACUCUACACAGGGAAUUAAUAAGGAAAAAACAACAGGGAAAAGUUUGUUAGAUACUACUGUUAGAGAAGACUCAAAUACCGGAUUAGAACAAAGAUUAAUAGGGUUACGUAGUACACCAAAUUUAGUCCACUCAGAAUUAGGACCAGUAAAGAGGAAGCAAAGAACAAAAAUGUCUAGUGUAAAGGCUACAAUUGAGCAGGUCACUGCUAUGAUACCAAUUUGUGCCGACGCAAAAGACGUUUGUUCAUUCAUACGGGCAUGCGAUUAUGCAUGUGAGGCCGUAGAUAAAGAAACUAUACCCUUAUUAGUGAAAUUUAUUAAUACUAGGAUUACUGGCAAGGCUUUAGAAGUAUGUCGGUAUAGGGAAACCAGUGAUUGGGAAACUAUUAAAAAAAUAUUAAGGGGGGCUUUUGAACAGCAAUUGUCACCACAAACAUUACAAAUAGGAUUAAAUUCAGUUCGUAUGAAAAAUGACGAAGAUGUAUUAACUUAUACGGGUCGCGUAGAACAGCUAUAUUAUAAUUUAUGUAAUGCAACAUUGGCAAAUAAAACGCCCGAAGAGGCGAGAAUUUUAAGGCAAACUCUAAAGGAUCAGGCAUUAGCAAUUUAUAUAAACGGGUUAAAAAUGGAUUUACAAACAAUAUUACGAGCUAGGAACCCAGAAACUUUAGAACUGGCAAUGCAAAUGGCUAGGCAGUUAGAAAUCGAAUUUAGUUUUAACAAAGAAUUACAAAAUAACGAAACUAAAGUAAAUCAGAACGGAAAUAAAAAUAAUAACGGAAAUCGUUGGUCAAAUAACUAUCAGGGAAAUAAUCCAGAUGGACAGAAAUUCGGUUAUAAGCAAAAUUAUAAUCGUGGUCAGAAUAUACAAAAUCCGAAUAAUUAUAAUAAUUUUAAUCGUAAUAAUAAUAGUCAAUAUAAUAAUAAUUAUUAUAACAGUAACGUAAAGCCGAUAACUUGUAAUUAUUGCAAUAAGAUAGGACACGGUAGUGUUAGCUGUUAUAGUAAGCAACGGGAUGAACGUAAUGUAAAUCGGACGAGAAAUGGUCAAGUGUCGAACGGGAACGGCGUCCGUUCGAUCAACCAAAUAACGGCCGUAACGGAGGAGUUGUCACUCAACGAUGUUUCACAAUCGUAUCAGUAAUUAGUGAAAAUCAUGUUACAUUACAAUCACCUAAUUUUAAAACAAAUACAAUAGAUCUUCUUUUAGACACCGAUAGUGAAAUCAAUUUAAUAAAAAUAAAUAAAUUAACAGGCGAAACAUUAGUAAACAAAAAAAGGAAAAAAAUAAAUUUAAAAGAUAUUAACGAUAAAAUAGUAACUACCAUAGGCAAAAUUACAAUAAUAUUAAUAUUACAUAAUAAUAAUAAAAUAAAAACAGAGUUUCAUGUGGUCGAUAAAGAAUUUCCAAUACCGCAAGAUGGAAUUCUAGGUCACCACUUCCUGUUACAGAAUAACGCGAUAAUAGAUGUUGCGAAUAAUAUAUUAACAAUAAAUGAUGACACUCGUCGCUAAUUAAAUAAAAUAAAAUAUGUUUUACAUAUCUUAAACCACGAACGGAAAUGAUAAUAUCCAUACCAAUAGCUGAUCCGAUAAUGAAAAAUAAAAAUAUUUUAAUACAGAAACAAGAAUUAAUACAGGAGCAACGUAUAGAAUUAAAUGUAAUAAAAGAAAGUGAUCUAUAAAAAACGUAAAAUAAAAAAAAAAAAGGGAGAGAAA